AAAGGAGGGGGACCAUCCUCCCCACCACCUCCGCCAGCAUCGCCACCACCACUGACACCGCUCCGAGUCUCCAGUUGCGCCCAUGCCUGUGCCGCCAGUUUCGGUUUAGGGGCUGAACCGCAGGGGCUGAAGAAAAUGGGGCAGAGCGCGCCCCGGACCCUCCUGCUGCUGCUGGCGGGGCUGCUGGGGGAGGCUCUGGCGGGGUUCCCCAACACCAUCAGUAUAGGUGGACUUUUCAUGAGGAACACUGUUCAGGAGCACAGUGCAUUUCGAUUUGCUGUGCAGUUAUACAACACAAACCAAAAUACCACAGAAAAGCCCUUCCAUUUGAACUAUCACGUAGAUCACUUGGACUCUUCCAACAGUUUUUCAGUGACAAAUGCUUUCUGUUCACAGUUUUCCAGAGGAGUUUAUGCCAUCUUUGGAUUCUAUGACCAGAUGUCAAUGAACACACUGACGUCAUUUUGUGGAGCCCUUCACACAUCCUUCAUCACACCCAGCUUCCCAACAGAUGCAGAUGUGCAGUUUGUCAUCCAGAUGCGGCCGGCGUUAAAAGGAGCCAUCUUGAGUCUCUUGACGUAUUAUAAGUGGGAAAAGUUUGUGUACCUCUAUGACACAGAGCGGGGAUUUUCUAUUCUUCAGGCGAUUAUGGAAGCAGCAGUACAGAACAACUGGCAAGUGACAGCCAGAUCUGUAGGAAGUAUAAAGGAUGUUCAAGAGUUCAGAAGAAUUAUAGAGGAGAUGGACAGACGACAAGAAAAAAGAUACUUAAUUGACUGUGAAGUAGACAGAAUCAACACCAUUUUGGAACAGGUUGUAGUCCUCGGCAAACAUUCUAGAGGCUAUCACUACAUGUUAGCUAACCUGGGUUUCACAGACAUUGUUCUGGAGAGAGUAAUGCAUGGAGGUGCCAACAUUACUGGAUUCCAGAUUGUUAAUAAUGAAAACCCAAUGGUUCAACAGUUUCUACAGCGCUGGGUGAGGCUUGAUGAAAGGGAAUUCCCUGAAGCCAAAAACUCACCAUUAAAGUACACAUCUGCACUGACCCACGAUGCAGUCCUGGUCAUAGCUGAGGCUUUCCGCUACCUCCGAAGGCAGCGUGUGGAUGUCUCCAGGAGAGGCAGUGCUGGAGACUGCCUGGCUAACCCUGCAGUGCCCUGGAGCCAAGGAAUUGACAUCGAGAGAGCGCUGAAAAUGGUGCAAGUUCAAGGAAUGACAGGGAACAUUCAGUUUGACACCUAUGGGCGGAGAAUGAAUUACACAAUUGAUGUGUAUGAAAUGAAAGCUGGUGGAUCACGGAAGGCUGGUUACUGGAAUGAAUAUGAAAGAUUUGUGCCAGCAUUAGAUCAGCUGCCCUCUAAUGACACUUCAUCUGUGGAGAACAGAACUAUAGUAGUCACUACCAUCUUGGAAUCACCAUAUGUAAUGUAUAAGAAAAACCAUGAACAACUAGAAGGGAAUGAGAGAUAUGAAGGAUAUUGUGUAGACUUAGCUUCUGAAAUAGCAAAACAUGUUGGAAUAAAAUACAAACUGUCAAUUGUUGGAGAUGGGAAAUAUGGAGCUAGGGACCCUGAGACUAAGAUAUGGAAUGGCAUGGUGGGUGAACUGGUCUAUGGGAGAGCAGAUAUAGCUGUUGCCCCCCUCACCAUAACAUUGGUGCGAGAAGAAGUCAUAGACUUUUCCAAACCCUUUAUGAGCCUGGGCAUCUCCAUCAUGAUCAAGAAGCCUCAGAAAUCUAAACCGGGCGUGUUCUCUUUCCUGGAUCCUUUGGCUUAUGAAAUUUGGAUGUGUAUAGUCUUUGCUUACAUUGGCGUCAGCGUAGUUCUUUUCCUAGUCAGCAGAUUCAGCCCUUAUGAAUGGCACUUGGAAGACAGCACUGAAGAACCACGUGACCCUCAGAAUCCUCCUGACCCUCCAAAUGAGUUUGGAAUAUUUAACAGCCUUUGGUUUUCCCUGGGUGCCUUUAUGCAGCAAGGAUGCGAUAUUUCUCCAAGAUCUCUCUCAGGGCGAAUUGUCGGAGGAGUCUGGUGGUUCUUCACUCUCAUCAUUAUCUCUUCCUACACUGCUAAUCUCGCUGCCUUCCUCACGGUGGAAAGGAUGGUUUCACCCAUAGAGAGCGCAGAGGACCUGGCUAAACAAACCGAAAUAGCCUAUGGCACUCUGGAUUCAGGUUCAACCAAAGAAUUCUUUAGAAGGUCAAAAAUAGCUGUCUAUGAGAAAAUGUGGUCGUACAUGAAGUCGGCCGAGCCUUCGGUGUUCACCAAAACGACGGCGGACGGGGUGGCGAGGGUGCGGAAGUCCAAGGGGAAGUUUGCCUUCCUGCUGGAGUCGACCAUGAACGAGUACAUCGAGCAGCGCAAGCCCUGCGACACCAUGAAAGUUGGAGGCAACCUGGAUUCCAAGGGCUAUGGUGUAGCAACCCCCAAAGGCUCAGCAUUAAGAAAUGCUGUUAACCUGGCAGUAUUAAAACUGAAUGAGCAAGGCCUCUUGGACAAAUUGAAAAACAAAUGGUGGUACGACAAAGGAGAGUGCGGCAGCGGGGGAGGUGACUCCAAGAACUCCUGUAAACCUUGCAGUAUUGAAACUCAGUGAACAAGGCAUCUUAGACAAGCUGAAAAACAAAUGGUGGUACGAUAAGGGUGAAUGUGGAGCCAAGGACUCCGGAAGUAAGGUCAGUCGCUGAAGGUCUUUUUGUACUGAUUAGCAAUCACAUUUUGACCCCACUGUUUGUUUAUACCAAGAAUGACUUUCAAAAGUUGCUAUUUACAUUUCGAAGGUUGAAAGAAAAGACUAGAAAAAAAUAAUUUAAGUCUCAGAACAUGACAGCGUUUUUCUUAUAUGCAGUAACUGACUGUAGUUGUAAGUAUGUUUUACUGUGUGAGUAUUUUGCUAGAAAAACAUGCAAAGAGAAGCCCCCAAAGCCUCCCAAGGUGGUGUUUUCAAUUAAAUGUGCAAGUUUUAACACAGUCAUUGUGUAUGAUUCAGGCCAGCAUCUUAUUUUUAGUUUUAUUGAAAAAUCGCGUUUUUGUUUCAAAAUUAUGACUUAGUUUCUCUACAUGUCAGUUUGGGAGACAGUCACAUGCUUGCUAAGGGCGUAAAUUUUCAGAACACACCACUGAUAAGGAAAAAACACCUUUCCCACCCUGUUUCCCAAUUCAGUCUGAAAUUGCUUGGAUUUUAAAAAAAAAAAUCUAGAAAUUCCAAUGGUGAGUCAUUACCUAAAUGUUGUAUAUUCCUUUUUGUACUGCUUUGAACCAUUUUGCUGCUGUACUGCCCUGUUGCCCACCAGCUGUGCUGCAGGGCUGGCCAACCUCAUGUGGAACUGCUGUAGACUCCAGGGGAGAUCCCACCCCUGAGGUGGAUCACCCCAGUAGGUGUACACUUGAAUUGCAGGAAAUAUUUAUUUACACCAUUCAGUUAAAAGAAAACACAGAGGAUUUUUUUUUUCCUUAAUGCUUAUAGAACCACUGGGGAGAAAAACCCUGUAAAAGUGCUGGGCUUGUUGGAGUGAAGGACAUUUUCAAAGGCACCAAGAGGAGGAGAAAUCCAGCUCCAGCUGAAAUCGGUCACAGUUGAGUGCCUAACUCCCCUGGUGCCUUUGGAAGUGCUCUCUGUAAUCAUUCAAACAGAAAACUAUAAUUUCAAAGCACCCUCUCAGUGUCGGAGGACAAUUUCAAGUUCCAGCAAAGCCAAUAAUAAAAUUUCAUUGAUUUCAGUUGGACUGGAAGUUGCUUAGGGCACAACCCUGUAGCUGUUGUCUGAGAUAAAUUUGGGAUCGUGGGAUAUCUGAACACACAGCAGCUGCAGAAGGGAAAUGUAAUUGAAAAGAGAUAUAAAUGAGAUCUUUAGUUUAUAUGUCAGGCUGUUUGCUACAACUGCAUGCAUCCAAACUGCUCGUGAAAUGCACAGACACUUGCAAGGUAGAUCCUAUUUUAUUGCGACUAUAUUUGAAUUUUUCUCUCCCUGAAGAGACUUGUUAACGAAGCUCUGUCAGCAGGUGUCUUCUCUGGGCACAGCCAGGUUGCUUUGGCACCUGCCUGUCCGUCCCAGAGUAGCGUGGUGUGCCAGCCCAACCAGGGCCAUGCCAGCCACCCUUCCUGCCCACAGCCAGCCCGCCUGCCCGUGCAGCAGCAAAAGGGUUGCAGCUCUAUUUAUUCUGAUUACAGAAUCCUGUCCUUAAAAAUGCAAGCCUCUCCCCCAUCUGACAUGUACUGAAGGAAGGUAAACCCUGGCCAGUGAUUUUUGUUUAACAAUGUCUGUUUUUAUUCAGUAACUCACUCUCUCAGAGUUGCUGGUUUAGCUCAGGGCUCUGCUGCUUGACCUCUAAGAAACUGACCACCUUCCUAGGGUGUUGUGUUUUUUUUAAUAUUGAAAAGAAAUGUAGAUAAGUUUAGGAGCAUCUCAAUAAUUUUACCUACAUUCCUGAGAACCAAAUGUGCAGUGGUUUGGCUUUUUCUUUUUCUGGUUUUUCACGGCCUUUUCCAAAACCCGCUGUUUUACUCAGCCACUGCUUUCCCCGGCACAGCUUUCCCGCAGUGCCUUUGCCACCAGGGAUGCUCGGCCGUAGGCAGGAUUGCUCGGGGACACCAAAGGCCUGGGACAGUCAGUGGCCAAAAAUAUCUCAUCGCCUUGGAGCCAGCCAGGGCUUCACCCGCCACAGGGUGGAAGGCAGAGCAGUCACUGCUGCGCAGCCCCAGGCUGUGGGGAUGGGGGGACAGCACCGGUCCGUGAGCCGGACACCAAACACCACGAGGGUGGCAUUUGCAGCUAGGACUGAGUGCAAAGUAACUUGUUGUCUGUGUGCCUGUCUGCUCCUCACAGCAAAGCUAACGGCGUCGCUCGUUUC